UCCAUCCCUUCUCCCGGUCUUCCCCUCUCUCUCCUCCAUCCCUUCUCCCCGUCUCCCCCUCUCUCUCCUCCAUCCCUCGUCCUUCUCUCCCAGGUGUUCAUGUGUUUGGUCUCCUGGCAACAGCCCUAAUGACAGACAUCAUCCAGUUGGCUACUGGUUAUCCCACCCCUUUCUUCCUGACUGUCUGUCAGCCCAAUUACACGCUGCCUGGGAUAUCAUGUGACCAGGACAACUACAUCACACAGGACAUCUGCUCUGGGAAAGAUCUGUAUGCCAUCCUGUCUGCCAGGAAAGCAUUUCCGUCCCAGCAUGCAACGCUCUCUGGCUUCGCUGCUGUCUACAUCUCUAUGUAUUUGAACAGUGUGAUCAGCAGUAGUACUAAGCUGGUGAAGCCGGUGCUGGUGUUUGGAUACUGUCUGGCUGCAGGUAUAGCCGGACUGACUCAGAUCACACAACACCGCUGCCAUCCCAGAGAUGUCUAUGUUGGCUAUGCCUUAGGAGCUGGCAUAGGAGUCUACCUGUCUCUGUAUGCAGUAGGUAACUUCAGGUCAUCCGAGGAGGACUGCCUCCCCCAGCCUGGCCGGAGGGCUGCGUCCCCCCCCCAGCAGCAGAGGGAGGUGGUGGUGAGGGGAAGAGCCCAGGGAGGUCAUGUUUCUCAGCACGGCUCUCUGUACCGCAGCAAGACACCCAGACCCUCAGACAGCAGGGAGGAACUGGGCACUGGACGCUGCAAGGUUCGUAGGGAGAAGGCCAGCGUAGCAUCUCUGAAGAGGGCCAGUGCUGACGUGGAGCUCCUGGCACCCCGCUGCACCAUGGGAAAGGAAACCAUGGUAACAUUCAGCAAUACCUUACCCCGCGUCGCCAACAGCAGCAGCAGCACCUCGCCCCCCGGAGACGACCCCUCCAACCAGCGUCACAUGGCCUUCCACCUGUCCUUCGACCCCCGCAGGUCACAACCAAGGCUGCGACCACCGCUGGUGCAGGAGUGGAGACAGCAGCGCUCUGUGGAGAGACGGAGCGAGGAGGAGGGAGAGACGGACACAUCUGGAGGAGAGGGAGGAGCAGGAGGAGGGGGCGAGACAGGGGUGAUGAAUCCUCCCUCCCUUUAUCCGAUGGUACAGUCGGCCAAUAGAGCCGUUGCCACGGCUACCCCAGCGCCAGCCCCACUGGUGCAUAUCCCUAAGGAGGGGAUUAGACCCCCCCCUACUGUCUCCCCUCUACCUCCUUCUGUCUCCUCUCUACCUCCCCCCGUCUCCCCUAAGAGCGCGGUGACGCGUGCCAAGUUGAUGUCACUCAACCAGGGAGGGGAACGAGUCAGGGAGGGACCUAUCCCUGUGAUGACUCCGCGUGUGCCUAAUCAGACGCCCAAUCAGCCGCCCAAUCAGCCGACCAAUCAGCUGCGAGUGGUGCAGGUCAUUGCCAUGUCCAAGCAGCAUGGACCAAUCAGCUCCUCUGCCAAGGGCUCUGACUCCACCUCUUCCUGUGGGGGAGGGUCUUCAACAGGAAGCUCUGAGUCGCCGUACUACCGGGUCCCCUCUGACCAUGACAGCCACACCGGGAGCGUUACCGGGAGUAUUGUCACCAUAGACGCUCACGCCCCUCAUCACCCUGUGGUCAGGGUGUCUAGCAGUGUUAGUAACGGGACCCUGGGGGCCAGAGUAACAGCUGCCGGUAACGGGACCCCCUGGGAGCGGAGGAACACCACCAGCGGGAGCGUCGGUGAGCAGGGCCAGAGGGGGGCGCUGCAGCGCCAGGAGAAAGUCUCCGCACCGGACUAUCGGGAAUACCGAACACUUCCUGUGAAAUCAGACUCUAUCUGCUCCUCCUCGCCCAGCGAGACCGAUUCCUCCACCCUCCCAUCUGCUGUUGGACAGUUACUCCCCCCUCCCCCGCUCUAUGACCCUCCCCGCCGGCCCACUGUCUCAGCCCACAGCCGCGCUGAUCAAGAAGUCUAUUACAAGACCAUGCAGACGGAGAGGAGAUUAUAA